CCUAGCUGACCCGAUAACAUCGAUAGGCAGCGACAGUAGAAUAGUGAAAUUAAAAUAUGAACGUAAAUUACGAAAAUGCGGCAGAUGAGCAAUUCGCCCGGGCACACAAGGCAGUGAGUCUGUCGGACGACGAGGAGGGCGAGGGCCCAGCGGAAUCCACAUCAUCCCGGGCGCAGGGAACGGAUAUAUCUGCUGCCUCCAGUAAACCGGGCCAGGAGUUCUAUGAGGAGCCGGGCGGGAAAGGUGAAGGGGCGAGAAGUGAUGAUGACGAGGAGGAGCAGGAAGCGGAAUCUGUUGCUGGAGCGGCCAACACACAUGUGGUGGCCAACCACUACAACGAGCUGAAGGAGGCGGGCCGCAAGGAUCGCCAGAAGUCGAAGAUCUUCUUUAUGCGCAACUUCAACAACUGGAUCAAGAGCCAGCUGAUAAACGAGUACAUGUCGCAGAUUAAGCAGCAGAAACGCAUGGGCGAUGCCUUAAGGGUGCUGGACAUGUGCUGCGGCAAGGGCGGUGACCUCCUCAAAUGGGAGAAGGCGUCCAUUUCGCACCUCAUCUGCACGGACAUCGCAGAGGUGUCCGUGGAACAGUGCCAGCGGAGGUAUCAGGACAUCCUGCAGCGAGCGGAGAAGUCCAAGUUCGCCAAUAAGUUCACCGCUGAGUUCUUUGCCUGCGACUCCACAUUGGUGCGGCUGCGGGAACGGUAUAAGGAUCCCUCGCUGCAGCUGAAUCUCGUGUCCUGCCAGUUUGCUUUUCACUAUUGCUUCGAGUCCAUGGCGCAGGCGGAUUGCAUGAUGCGAAAUGCAGCAGAGUGCCUGAAACCGGGUGGCUUCUUCAUAGCCACCAUGCCAGAUGCCUACGAGAUCAUCCGGAGGCUAAGGGCAGCCGGUCCGGAUGCCCGACGCUUUGGCAACGAUGUGUACAGCAUUGAGUUCGACUGCGAAACGGAUCCAUUGCCCUUAUUCGGGGCCAAGUAUCAGUUUCACUUGGAGGGCGUCGUCGAUUGUCCUGAGUUCCUGGUGCAUUUUCCCACGCUGGUCAAGCUGGGCAGGAAGUACGGUCUGCAGCUGUUGAGGCGCUCCACAUUUGCAGAUUACUACAAGGAGAGCCUGCCCCACGGCCGACACCUCUUGCAGCGCAUGUCCGGCUUGGAGUCGGUGCAGGCUCAGCGUUGCGAAAAUGAUGAACAGUUUGCCCAUGUACGGAAUUUCCAGGGAGCUCAGCGCGGUCGGCCGUUGGGAACCCUUUCCAAAUCGGAGUGGGAAGCAGCAACUCUUUAUUUGGUUUGUGCCUUCAAGAAAUGCAAAAACACCUGGGAUACCAAUGGCAAACCUUUGUUUGAGUUUGACGACUGAUAAUUACCAAAAAAUUUGCGUGUUUAUAGGUUAUAUUUCUGUAUCCGUGGCCCAACUCUUUUAAAGAUUAUACUCGAAAGCAUGAA